AUGUCUAACAACGUAUUCGAUGCAGACUUUAGUUUAUCAAGGAAAUUUAAAAUUCGACUUAAAGCUAAUGGAUAAGUGUCUCAUUCAUUCAAUCAAUCAAAAAAGAAUUUUAAAUAAGCUACUUCAUUUUCUAUUCCAAUUCUAUAAGAAAUAAUUGAUGGUGAAAAAAAACCUUAAACUAAAUUAAAUUAUUCAUUCUAAGGCAGAUAAGAGGUACUUAAUAGAAAAAUAUAAGAGCUCAACAUCUACAUUUUAUUAUAAUUAUAAUAAAAACUUAGAUUUUGAACUUAAUUUUAGUAAUUAUGGAGAAAAAUUAAAAUUUUAUAUUCAUAAUUCAUUUCAAAUUAAGUAAAAUGAUCUUUCUUUAUGUAAAUAUUUAUAAUUAAAAUGUAGCUUCAAGAAUAAACAAUCACAGUUAUCAUUUUUAAUCAAAAAUUUCAAGAAAAAUAGAUAAUUCAUCAUUUAAUAUUUCAGCAGAUGGAGAAUUUGAUUUUAUAAAACUCUCAUUAAAAUUUUCAUCGCUCCACUUUAAUUAUAAAUUCAAUGAUAAAAAAUAAAUAAUAUAAUUUAGGAGUCAAUUGUUAAAAGGAAGAAAUUGUGAACUAGAAUUAUUAAAAAUUAUAAAUCAAAGUAUGAGUACAGGUCUUUAGAUUUCACUUGACUCUCAUAAAAAAUUUCAUAGUCUGAUAGGUUUAUAAAAACAUUUCAAAAAUGUAUAAUUUUUUAGUGUUUAUAAUUUUAACAAAAAAAACCUUUCAAUUAGUUUAAUUUAGAAAUAUAACAAAAUGUAAUUAUUUUGGAGAUAUUAGGUUAGAAUAUCGAAUAUCAACAGUAGUACCUUUUAGUACAAAAGAUCAUCCAUUUGGUUUUGCUAUUAAAUUAAAUAUAUGAAAGAUGAG